GUUGGAAGGAAAUAUCUGGAAGAUUUGGGUGGAUUAUGCCAUAUGUGUUCACAAUAUAGUUAUGAAGUUUUUUUGGAUCUUACUUUACUAAUUCAAAAAUAUAUAGCAGAAAAUAAACAACUAUUAACAAAGUGUGAUAACUUGAAGCGUUUUCUUAAACGGGAUUAUAAACAGCAUUUUU